AUGAAUCGCGAUCUCGCAAAAUCUCAGGCCUUCCACGACAAGAAGAGGUCCGAGGUCGAAGACGGCACCGCACAACGGGAUCGACAUGCGAGAGUGGUAGAGAAGGGUUUAGAGCUCGGCAAAUUACUGGCCAUCAAGCCCAUCACAUCGACCUUUGACACCGUCGAGGAGCACCUCGACACGAUCGCUCGAGAGCGCGGUUUCGCUCGCCUCUCUGCCUCUUUCUACAAUCGGCUCGACAUUCCUACUCGAGAAUGGCUAGCCCCUUUUCUCGUGAAUCCCUACACCACAUCCCCUAAACAUCCGGCUCUCAAGCUGUGCGUCAAAGGGGAAUUGAAGAAGGCCUUCCGUGUGUACAUUCGGACCUACGAGACCACGGUCGGAGAGGAGAGGGAGAGGCUGAAGGCCUUUAUGGCUGCAUACCCGCAAUACACGCCGUCGGUCAUGGCCAAGCUGCAAAGCCUUUCCAACGCAAUCAAUGACUCUGAUAUCAUCUGGGGUCACUACAUUGGACAAACCAUGUCAGACGCAGGACCAAUCGGAAGACACGAAGCCGAUUGCGAGCAGGCGUUCCGGAAAAGCGGUAUGAUGACAACGUUCUACCGGUGGAUCACAUUCACCUCCUCUCCGCAAGACAAUCUCCCCGCCCUCGACUGGAAGAUCUACGAAUUCAGAUCUUUCCAUACUCCUCUGGAUUUGAAUAAUUCGCUCGGUUCUGAUGGUGAUAUUUGGAGAAGUCGGUCGGACCUACAAGAACUUGAGGCCGGUCUGGUACUAGCGGCUGAUCGACGAGGAUGGAACUCGGCACCGGGAGGAGUUCCCCAAACAAGAUAUACGGUUCCCUCAGGGUUGAAAGACAUUCUAUCGUCGCCUUCAUUCAAGGCACAAGUAUCAUCCGAGCUUCUCCAGACGACUUUCGUCCCCCCACACCCAGAUUUGCGACGGCACUUUCAGGAGAAUUACUCGAUGGCUCCUGCCGUGCUCAACCGUGCUUUUAAUCAGACGGCUGCUUUUUGUUAUACAGAUGGAACAGCGGGAUUGUUACUUGUGGGGAGUAGGAUUACUAGAAGGGAUGACGGGGGUGACAGUGAUUGGUGGAACAAUGCAGGUCCUGCAUGUGUCUUAUGGAGGUUAAGCUUCGAUGCGGUCACAUUAUACGACGAUCAAGACCGGGACGAAAUCAGGUCGCAGUGGAGAUACGACGCAGUAUCGAUUGCAAAAUAUGGGGGUUUCGCCGACCUUUUCGCUGUCCCACUCGCCAAAAAUCCUAGCACUGAAGAUCUCAGGCGGGCCGGUACUCAUCUCGGUCGCCUCAUCGGGGAACUCGUGCGUCCCCGUGUUGUUUGCUUCAUGAGCAACGAAGUUCGUCUGGCACUCAAGGAGGGCAGGUUGCGGACGUCCUCGGAACCUUCUGUCGAGCAAGUUCAGGGAGUCGAGGACAGGGAACUUCCCGGGGAGCAGUGGCGUUGGACCGAGGGCGAGACCGGGGCAAUCAGGGAGGCUGGCUCGAUCCAGGUGGAAAAGGUUGGUAAUCAUCAUUGUGUUGCUGUAUUCCAGGCAAGUGCUAGCCGGCAGCAAGCUACUUGGGGAGAAAAGGCGGCUCUUCUGGUCGUUGAGGAUAUUAAGCAACAUGACAUUCUCAAAUUCUUGGAACGCCUCAAGAAAGAAAUCCUGCAAAUAACUUCUCUUCAAUCGGCCAUUCGUAUGCUUCAGAGACCCAUGAGCGUGGAGACUUUUGACGAAAGGUCUACCAUUUCCAAGACCGUACGGAAGAACUUUGUGGAGUCCGAUCCCGUAGCGAUAGGCAAGCCAUGGAGUAAAGAGAGGACACAGCAGGUAGAAACCCUGCUAGGGCAGGUGUCAUCGUGGAUCGACGCUGAGGACAAGAAGAAAGUGGACACGACAAUACAACAGAUGCUCAAAGCUCGAGAGGGCAAGCACCUUCGUAUUUCGAUAUACAGUCAAAACUCGAAGAGCGAGCUGACCGACGCCGCGAUCAAGAAGGCAAGGAGUUGUAUAGACAUGGUCACCCGCGAUCGGGGGAGAAGGAUCACGGCGGCGAAUAUGGACGGUCCUUGGCCAACCUACAGCGGGAACAACCCUUCACUCAAGGAAGCGCUUGACUGGGUCUCCUCGGUUCCUGGUCCUGAAGGUAUCAAGCGCACCACUGGCAAGGACCCCAACCAGUGCUUGUUCCUGUGUUCAUGCACUAAAUGCGGUGCUGAGGGCCUUGUUCGUCUGAACACUCGCCUGCACUUUUGCAGGGGAGAAGAUGACGAAUUGGAGGAGGGGCUGAGUAUUUCGGCGAAGAACAGCCCGGUACGGUUCAUCAAGGUGGUGGUGCCGUUCAUGUUGUUCCGCUCCAAGUUCCGCAGUGAUAUCGAGAAGACGAUCCUGGCAGAAGCACCUGAAGCGUACAGACUUCAAUGGGGGGCCGUCCCGCCGUCAUCGCAGAUCAUCUCCAUCGUCAAGGUAAACGGGGAGUCACAGGCUACCGCUCAGGCAUGGGGGAAUUUCCAACUGGAUCUUUGGAAGCAGAUUUACGAGAUGCAAAAAGCAGGAAAAGCAUGGGAUAAGGCUCAGAUCAAGCUGGAUAUGGAGUACCAGAAGUUCGUGAAGACUACUUAUCAGUAG